AUGGACUUCUUUCGAGGACUGGCUUUGCACGCUGCGAUCGCCCAACAGGUCGCUGGUCUAGAGCCAUGCGGUACAUUGACCGCGAACGGCUGCUGCCCAAGACUCAGAACCGACGUGUUUGGAGUUGUCACCGCUUGCCAAGCUACCGGAGCUCUCCACAAUGGAAGAGAUGUAUACGACUGCAGUGGUAGCCAAUGGCUUGGCGAUGUGAAAUGGGAAUCGGACAAGGGAUGGAUCAUGUGCGACAACCCAAACUAUAAGGGCUGUAAUAACGUUCUCGCAUGGACUUCAAACGUCCCAGACUCAGCUUGCCUCGGUGACCAUCAGUAUUACUUCGACGAAGGAGAUGCCUGGUCAGAAGUCUCAUGCGAUUGUGAAAUGUCCCAACCUGAGCCACCAACUGAGUCGCCAACGGAGUCGCCAACUGAAUCGCCAACAGCCCCUGAUUGCGCAGUCUCAUCUAUUCCAGAAGCGCUCAAUCCUUCUGGCGGCCAAUUCAAGUGGAAAUGCACAAAAGUUAAGAACGGUGCGCGGAAAUGCAAGGCCAAAUGCGACGGAAAAGGAAAAAAUGCGAGCUAUACGAUUGCCUGCAACUCGGACGGCUGGUCCGUGCUCAAUGGCGUGGCGCCCUCUUGCACAGCAGCUAAAUGCUCGAACGACUCGAUUCCUGCCAAAUUCGCUCCUGCUGGCGCUCACUCUUGGACAUGCAAGAGGAACAACGUCGGAAACAACUGCAAAGUCAAGUGCGACAAUGGGGCAGACACUGGCGACUACAUCGUCCGGUGCAAAAACAAGAAUGAUUUCUGGAAUAAUCGAGGAGCAACGCCGCCAUCUUGCUAA